UGUCAGAUCAACGCGGAUAAAAGAAACACUGCAUUUAGGCUGAAAACUUUCUGAAAACAGAUUUUUUUGAAAAGAUGGAGUCGGACACAGCUUCCACAUGCAGCCGAUCUUCUUCGCCUGACCUGGCCGUGGACUCCGCUGUUGGCUCCUUCUUCUCCAACAAGAUGUUUCAGGCGUACUGUGGAGACAGAGAAUCAGCGCAGAUCAGGGCUGAAAAGGGUCUCGAACGGCCGCAGGAUUUGAAGAACCGGGCACGAGCAGAGCUCCCCAAAGAGGACGGGCAGGAUUUGCGUUUGAAAGUCAACAGCCGUGAGCGCAAGCGAAUGCACGACUUAAAUCAGGCCAUGGACGGGCUCAGAGAGGUGAUGCCCUACGCACAGGGUCCAUCCGUACGCAAACUUUCCAAAAUCUCCACCCUCCUACUCGCCCGAAACUACAUCCUCAUGCUGUCCAGCUCUUUGGAUGAGAUGAAGAAGCUCGUUGGUGAUGUGUACGGAGCGAACGCCCAGAGACACGCAGCCAGACGAGUUUUACCCCCAGCCUCGAGUGCACCUGUCCCACAGAUGCCUCUACUGUCCCUGCACUCUCUGACCUCGGCCGCUUCUCUCCAGCACACCUCCACAUCGACCAUGGCUCAAGCCCCACACUCUCCACCCACUGCUGGUUAUUUGGGGUUCCCUGCUCCUCCUCUCCCUACACUGCUGAAGGACCCUCUUCACCUCUCCAGCGGCUACAGGCAUUUCCCUGGCAUGCCGUGCCCGUGUUCUCUCUGCCAGCCUCUUCCCGCUUCCACGGCCAGUCUUCACAGCCUCUGCAUGGGGAAAUGAUUCAGGCUGGAGUCGGCCAAAGUUGAAUUAUGAACUUGGGAUGAAUGCAAAAACAUCUGGGGGGGUCAAAUAUGUAUACAUGUAAAUGUCCUGUACAGAUUUUUUUUAACAAGUUGCUGCUAUUUUUGUAAUGAAGUAUGUUUUGUAACGCUAUUUCUGCCUAAAAGUGGUUUUGAAUAGUCACUGUAUGAACAUA